CUAACCUUGUGGCCCUGGUGAAGCAAAAGCACACAGACCGACAUGAUUGUAUUGUAGAAGGUAGAGAACAGUUGGAGAUUCUUAUUCACUAAUAAUCAGCAGGCUCAGCUAUGAAUAAAACAGAGAACAAAAUCUAGGCUUUGUCCUAAAGAGCUUACUUGUGACAAAACCCAUGGGGCUGAGGGAGUCUGACUUUGACUUCCUAUGUAAAAUAAGGGGGGCAAAAAGAAAGCCCAGGAUGAGGGCUUUGUUCCCAGCACAAAGAAGAGUAAUGUGUGUAUAUACAUAUAUAUGGUGUGUAUAACAGUAUUUACAUAUCCACCUAAAUUGUGGACUAUAUGACAAAGAUGUUUUUCACAAGUAUCCACUUUCAGUGGAACACCUGAAAUUUACUGAGAAAAUUAAAGUUCUUUUGCAAAAAUUUAGACUUUAGAUUGAUGACAUCUUCUCAGGCCAUAUGGAAAAUGCUUAUAUGAAAACGAAAAAAGGGAAGCAAAAGUUUAAUAUUGAGGAUGGUUUCGAAAAUGAGAACUCUUAUGUUCCUUAUAUAAAAGCCGUGAUAGAAAGAAUGUCUUCAGAGAACCUAGGCUCCAAGGUUCAACCAAACGCCCAGCCCAGUCGGGCCAGCAGCAUCCUCAAUUCUCCCAAUGGCCCUCCUGCUCUCUUUACUGACAGCCCUGGUGGCGUUCAGCUGUGGCCCUGCUCCAUCUCUGGGCUGUGAUCUGCCUCAAAACCACAGCCUGGCUAGUGAGAAGACCGUUGACCUUCUGGACCAAAUGCAGAGACUCCCCACUUUCUUCUGUCUGAAUGACAGAAAGGACUUCAGAUUCCCCCAGGAGAUGGUGGAUGGCAGCCAGCUCCAGAAGGCCCAGGCCAUCGCUUUCCUCCACGAGAUGCUCCAGCAGAUCUUUGAACUCUUCCAUAGAAAGGACUCCUUUUCUCCUUGGAACACUACCCGCCUGCACCAGCUCCUCAGUGGACUCCUUAAACAGCAGAAAGACUUGGAGACCUGCUUCGUGCAGGCAACGGAAGAGGAAAAAUCUGUCCUGCCCAUUGAGGCCCCUGAAGUGGCUGUGAAGGAGUACUUUGAGGGAAUCUGUUCCUAUCUGAAAGAGAAGGAAUACAGUGAGUGUGCCUGGGAAGUUGUCAGAGUGGAAAUCAGGGGAUCCUUCUCUUCUUCGACAAACUUGCAAGAAAGGUUAAGAACAAAGGAUGGUGACAUGAGUUCGUCUUGA